AUGGAGGAUUCAGGCAUUGAUGAUUUGGAAAUUGAUGAACUACUUGAAGAGCAAUUGUCAAAAGAAAUUAAUAGCUUAAAACCUUGCUGUAACACACCGAGUCAAGGAACGAGUUCUACAACUUGUGAAGAUGCAACAAAACCAUUGUUAGAAGAAAUUCAAAAGCUAAGGGAACAGCUUCAGCAGCAGAUUCAAGAGCAACUUGCUGACGCUAUAAAGAAAAUGUCAGAGGACACAGAUAAGAAAAUUAAUGAAGCUCUGAAGGAACUUAAACAACAAAAAGAACCAACAAGGGGAAAAUUUGGCAAUGAAAUCGAAGAAAAAAAGUUAACAGAAAAUAAUUAUAAGAAAAAAACGAAGGAAAGGAUGGCAGAAAUAGUUCUUUUUUUCGCCAUCACUUUUGAGUUUUCCAUUUGUUCGGGAAAUCUCCAACAAGCCCACAAUAAUCUUCAAAGACAUGUUGAUAACCAUAUCAAUAGCAACAAUGCCCAACACGAUAAAAUGAAUGCUGAAAUUAACAAUCUAAGGACGGAAAUUGAAAAGCUAAAGACAGCCCAGCAGGAAAUUCAAGCCCAAAAUCAACCAAGUUGUGAAACGUGUGAGCAAAAAGUCGCAGAUGCUAUAAAACAAGAGUCAGAGGGCACAGAAAAGAAAAUUAACGAAGCUAAGGAGCAACUUAAACAACAAAUUCAGGAAACAUGUGAAAAAUGUGACGGAAAAGUCAAUGAUGUUAAAAACCAGUUAAUAGAAGAAUUAAAUAAAAGAGAAACAGCAUUAAAGGAAAAAGAUGAGGCCAUUGAUAAAAAAAUGAGUACACUUACCGAUUACGCGAUAAGUAGAAGUCUUUUCAACGCAAUCGUUGAGAUUGAGAAGUAUGGUGUAACCGUAGGCAAAAAAUUCGAUGAGAUUCAACAGCAAAUAAGUGAAAUUAAAAACAAUUAA